AUGCCUAAAGGAUCCUGCCUAUGUCAUAAAGUCGAAUAUGAGUUCCAAGGCGAGCCUCUGAUGAAGGGACCUUGCUACUGCUUGUCCUGUCGCAAGAUCAGUGGUAGUACCAACACACUCAACCUUCUGCUCCCAGAUGACAAGUUUAGUAUCACCAGUGGCUCUACCAAGCAUCACACUGAGAUGCACGAAAGCGGCAAGCCAUUAACAAUCUACUUCUGUGGUGACUGCGGAACUGGUAUCUACAAAACGCACGAGUUGUUCCCCCAAAAGGUUGUUGUCUUAGCAGGGACACUGGACGAAGCAGAUGGGCUUGAACUGGCAAAACCAGAAGUGGAGUUGUGGACUAAAUACCGCUCUUCGUGGUUAACGGGUCUCGACUUUGCUGAACAAAAGGAGGAGUUUUGAACUGCGGGUUUAUUGUUUCUUUUUCCUGCAUCUAGUUCUGCAGUCCUUCAGUCCUUCCUCAACGGCCACGCAGGAGAAGGCG